UCAGUGAUCGCGUUUGAGGAAGUCACCAUUUCCUAGAGCUGCGCAGUUGUUUUGCAUUAUGGCGUCUUCAGAUCCAGCAAAAGAUGCAAAGGGUAGAAGGGGAAGCUUUACCAAAGAAAUUCCAAAUAUGACAUUGAGAAGGAUUGUGUUGGUUGGAAUAACUGGAGCAGGUAAAAGCUCCUCUGCAAACACCAUAUUGGACAGAAUAGCCUUCAUAGCUGCCAGAAGUGGUUCAUCGGUGACUAAAGAGUGUCGUAAAGAGACGGUGAAAGUGGCUGGAAGAGAAAUGACCGUGGUUGAUACACCAGGCAUGUUUGACACAGAUAUUUCUGAGGAGGAUCUUCUGAAACAGAAGAUCAGUAAGUGUAUAAACAUGACGGCACCUGGACCUCACGCCAUCAUCCUGGUCAUUAAACUGGGUCCAUUCACUGAAGAAGAGAAACUCUCGGUGGAGAAGAUCAGGGCCAUAUUUGGAGAGGAAGCAGAUAAACACACGAUCGUCCUCUUCACUCACGGUGAUGAAGUGACAGGAUCUAUUGAGGAACACAUCAGUGAAGCCGGUGAUGAUCUGAAACAAAUCCUGAGACGCUGUGGGGAAAGAUAUCACGUCUUUAAUAAUAAAAAUAUGCAGGAUCGUAAUCAGGUUGAGGAGUUCCUGGAGAAAGUCGAUGAUAUGAUCAAGGCAAACAGAGAUGAACAUUACACCAGUGAUUUUUACCAGAGUGUAGAGCUCAUGCUAAAAACUAAAGAAGAGGAACUGAGACGAGAAUAUGAGGAGAAACUACAAGACAAAGAGAAAGAACUGGAGGACAGAUUUAGUGAAGAAAUAAUGAAACUGCAAAAUGAAAUGAAGACAAUGACAGCGUCUGAGGAAGAGAAAGAAAAGAAGAUCAAAGAGUUGGAAGAACUGAAUCUGGAAAAAAACAAAAAAAUGAUUGAAAACAAGCAACAUUAUGACGCAAAGGUCAAAGAGGCCAGACUGGAAGCAGAACAGACUUAUCCUUUUGAGGAUUUACUGAUAAUGAUCCUUACCAAGUUAAGAAUCCUCAAAUGUUAAUCACAUUCUGCUUAUAUUUUUAGAUUGGUUCAUUUCAUAUAAGGCCUCUGUCAUUGCUGAGUGUAAAAUAUUACUUGUAAAUAUGUAUUUGUACUGUAAAUAUCAUUAAAUAAUUGUCAUAUAUAAGUGCUAGUGAGAAGGUAUAUAAUGUAGAAAAUGUAUACACUCACAGAUUUCAUAAAAGCAGUGGGAAUCAGUUUUAUGUUUGAACACUCAAUAUUAUAAUAGAUAAUACAUUAGAACUGAACACUAUUUUAAAGUUGACAUUUACCAUGCAUUAAACAACUUUCUUAUUCCUGGUGUCGCAACAAAUGUCAGUGUUUUUUUUAAUAAAAGUGAUUUCA